UCGAACCGUGGUUCUUAUAAUGUGACCGAAAAAAGGCACUCACAUCAUGCCAAAUUCCGACCUGUCCGAAGAUCUACCACCUCCUGCUGUCGCCGAGCGAACUCUUGGGGAGGCAUGCGAUUCUGGGGAUCUCGCCCUUGUACAAUCCUAUCGACGAACAGGUCAGGCCUCGCCCUAACUUCCUAUGUGUGGAAUGCAGCUUCAGGUGGCCACGCCGAUAUUGUCAGCUACUUGUUGGACAACGGAGCGGAAAUCGGGGCUUCGCCUUUGGCUACUACUCGGCGAAAAGAUACGGACAAGGCCAUCCGUGCAUUUGAUGUGCUUUUUGACCAUGGGUUAGAUCUCAAAACCUAUCGAGACGGUUCAGAGCUCAUCCACAGGGUGGUAAACAAUGAAGCCUUCGUCAAGUAUCUACUUCUCAAAGGAGCCGAUCCUAAUGGGUUGGAACAUUGGGAGCGCACUCCAUUGGAUUGUUUCUGUGAUAACCCUGCCUCCAUCAUGACUCUGAUUGAUCAUGGUGCAAACAUCGCAACCGGCAAACCGCUUCACCAGGCAGCAGUUAUUGUUAACGACAAAGAUUGCAUAGAGAGGAUGAAGCUUCUAGUUGAGCAUGGUGUGGAUGUCAACGUUCGUGCUGCAUAUGCAGGUGACGCUCCUCAUGACUGUGCCGAAUAUAAAGACGGGAUGAGGCGCACUGGAAAGGAGGAACGGCACUCCACUGGGCCGUGCGUGGCUGGGCCCGGGCUCUCAAAGUAUCCAAAGUCAACUUGCUUCCCCGAGUCAAAUGGCUGUUAG